AGCUGUUUUGGGGUGAGGCGGUGCGUUCAGGGACGCACAACUUUCCAUGUGUUUGCGCAGUUUCCCAGCGUUUCACAUCAACUGGAUAAGCUGACAUACGGGGGCUCGGAGCCGUGCGGUACCUGCUGAGGAGUGUGGAGAUCUACGAAAAGCUGCAGCGCAGGCCGCUGCAACGGCGCAGUUUCCACACCGUCGCCGUCUCAUGUGUGGUUUCGUCGCUGAUGCAGGGAGAAAGUUGUGGACAUGUUUUCCUGAAGUGCACGGUUUUUACCGAUUCACCGUGCACCAUUAGAACCACAGUGUUAAUGAGCGCCUCCAGUUUGGCCGGAGGGUGGAUUAUGUUUACGUGGGAUCGUACUGUCGCCUGUUCGCCAUAUUGCGCUCUGUGAAACUCGAGGGAAAGUUGUCAAGAGUUAUGACAUUUGCUGCGCACAGUCCCUUCAUGGAGCUGCAUGCAGUCGACUUUGAUCGGAACCAAAGUGACUCCAUGGAGCUGGCCAUGGACAGAUCUGUGCACCAUUAAUCAGGUCUGGCUCCUGACAGAAGAGGAAGAGAAAGAAUGGACAGAAAAGCGCAGAUUUGAUUCUGGAAGGAGGUUUGAAUGUUCCCCACCCCUGCACUUUCCUCUGGGAUUUAUAUUUCCUCCCAAAUACCUCUGUAUACACAAUUAAAGAAUUCCUCAGCCACUUGCACACUACAGAGCAAUAACUGAGUAGUUUACAUGCUCUUAGAUCAAGAUCGAGAGCCCUGACUCCCAACGUUUUUGUACUUUUAAAACAUUACUAUGAGUCUUCCUCCUCAAGUGAAUACUGACAAGAGCGGCAAGCAUCGCGGUGCAGCCAUGAAAGAGCCUGUGCAGCACUCAGGGGAGGUUUAUUAUGGUAUGGGACCUCCGGCUUUAGAGUCGAGUAACUCUGCCAGCAGCUCUGGAGUUUAUAACCCGGAGAAAGGGCCCCAGAGUGUGCCGCACUAUCAACAGGCUGCCCCCGUAAAGUGGAUGCACCAGGACGCCGUGCAGGCCCCCGGCUGGUCCCAGGAAGCUCCCGUGUCAAACUGGGGGCAGAACUUUGACCCGUACAUGAGUGGCGUGAACGUCAGGAGUCAGAUGGCGUUCCACAAAGGGGUCCACGAGGCUGUCGCCCUGCCGAUGGGGGGAGAAAAUCAACUUCCAGGGCCGGUGGAGGCCUACAGGGAAGCGGCCCCGGCUCCAGCUCAGGGGAGGGGGCUGGAGUGGGAGCAGCACACUGCAGCUGUAAUGCACCAGGCUCAGCUGCAAGCCUACCAGCAAGCUCAUAAAGGUGUGGAGCUGCCAGGCCAGUCCCAUGUGGCCCCCCAUGCUCUGCAGGGGUCCAUGCUGCAGCCUUUCCAGGCAACUUUCAGGCCCAGCAAGCAACAGUUUCCAUCUGGUCAUUACGCCGUUUUCCCCGGCAAUAAGGCGGUGCCGGGCUUGGCGUACAGCGAGCAGCCUCAGAAGCAGCGUAUGCUUCAACAGAUGCGGCAGCAACAGCAGCAGCAGCAGCAACAGAUGUUUCAACAGCAUCAGCUCCAGUUGCAACAGCAGCAGCAAAUCCAGCAGCAGCAGCAUCACCAAUUCCAACAGCAUCAAAUACAACUGCAACAACAGAAGCAAAUGCAACAACAGUAUCACCAGCAGCAGCUGCAGGAGCGGCAGCAGCACAUUCAGCACAUUCAGCAGCAGCAGCAGCAGCAGCAAAUGCAUCUAAAUGCACCACAACAAGACACAGCUCAGCUUCAGGUGCAACCAAAACAGCAACAAAACCAAAACCUUGUGACUUUCCAGCCACCAGAGCCUCGACCUCUUGAUGCUGCAGCGAAAAAGGAAGCUGUCAAAGCAGCUGAGCAGCAGGAACCAGAAGCUAAAGCCAGUGAUGUGACAGCUGAACCCGAUCCAGGCCCUGAAAAGGUUCCAACGAAUCCCGCAGAGCCCUCAAAUGCAUCUCUGGCUGCACCGCGGCGCUCACGUCGCCUCUCCAGAGAUGGACAGUCCCCACUGGGUCCUCCUUCCACAAAUGUCUGGUCUCAAGCGUCCAAAGAGCCUCAACAGCCCCAAAACGGAGUAAGAGCAGGAGAGAGCCAAGUGACGACAGGAGGAGUCAUCCAGAUCACCAGCAGGAGGAGGAGGGCGUCCAAGGAGAUCAACCUGGAGACUCUGGCCCAGAAGGCGUCGGAAAUGGAGCCUGCGAACACGGCAAAGGUGCCUCAGCAGGAGGACGGUUCUCCUGGCAGACAGGCCUCUAUAGUCCCUCUGGUUAUCCCCGUGUCCGUGCCGGUGCACAGGAGUCACACGGAUCCUCAGGGCGGCCCGGCUCAGGGGAGACUUGUUAAGGGUGAGCGGUCUGCUGGACAGUCUGAAAGGAAACCGUCUGUCAUCGUGGCUCGGCGGAGAUCACGCAGAAACUCCAUGAACGACAGAGAGAGUUUUGGUCAGGACGGGGACGAUCAAAGUCAAGACGAGGAUGGGAAACCCAAACUGAAGCGAAGACCUCGCCCGGAGCCUCUCAUCAUCCCUCCGCACAAACCCUCCACCUUCAUCCCUCCAUCCCUCUACUCCACCAUCACUUCCUACCAGAGCAACCUGCGCUCUCCGGUUCGCCUGCCGGACAACCCCCUCACACUGCCCCCUUACACGCCUCCGCCCAUCCUGUCUCCUGUACGAGAAGGUUCAGGACUCUACUUCUCCACCUUUCUGACCAACAUUGCGAGCAACCAGAUCCUGCCCCCGCCACCUACACCGAAGCCUGCCUCACGCAGUCUGCUGCGCACUGCAAGUUCAGAUAUCACACCUCCUGUUCUGCCGUUGAUCACUGAUGCUACACCCGUUUGCCUGGAACCACGUAUCAACAUCGGGCUACGGUACCAGGCAGAAAUCCCUGAGUUGAAAGAUCAACUGUCCUCCCAGUUAGACCAGCACAAGGCCGACCUGGUCUGGCUCCCUGUGGAACCAGAGUCAAACCUCAAACCUGGUGAUCCAGAGAGGGUUUUAGAUUUGAUGAACAUGGCUUGCUCCAGUGUGCUCAGAGGCGGAGGAACCAAUCAGGAACUGGUUUUGCACUGUUUACAUGAAUGUGGAGGUGAUUUCUUGGAAACGCUUGGACGUUUGAUGCUGCAGGCCCCAGUUUUCUCCACAGGCCAUCACCUGGCAGGUUAUCACUACUCAGGCUCUGACUGCUGGACCGCAGAGGAGAAGCGCUACUUCAAUAAGGGGAUCUCUGCGUACAGGAAGGACUUCCUCAUGGUGCAGAAACUGGUGCAAACAAAGACUGUGGCUCAGUGUGUAGAAUUCUACUACACGUACAAAAAACAGGUGAAGAUCGGACGUAACGGGAUUCUCACCUUCGGCCCCCCAGAUUCCCCUGGGGAGAAGCACAACGAGGCCGUGGUGGACAUUAAGAGUUCACAGCAGUCCAAACUUAAUCAAGGGGAGGGAGAUGGAGACGACAAGAAGACGGUUUCCUAUGACCUCGAGAGCAGUCAUCAAGCCAGGGUUGCACAGUCACUACAAGCUCACGACUAUGCAGGAUCGAUGGUGAUGAUCAAAGAGCAGGACACUGUAAACAAAGACCUUCACCAUCCAGCAGCGUCUCACAGGCCUCGAGCUGAGCCUGCAGCCAAGAAGCCAAAAGCACCGGCAAAACCACCUCCAGAUCCUGACGCUGUAUUUCCAUGCAAGAAAUGUGGAAGGGUGUUUUACAAGGUAAAGAGUCGAAGUGCUCACAUGAAGAGUCACGCCGAGCAAGAGAAGAAGGCUGCAGCGCUGCGUUUGAAGGAGAAGGAGGAGCAGGCGGCGGCCGAAUCACGAGCCAGGAAGGCGGCGGCGGCGGCGGCGGCGGCGAUGGCGGCACAUCAUCAGAGAGGAAACGGAGUGACGGAGCAGGCCGAGGUCAGCAGCCACGAGGACUCCCCUGAGGGAGAGGAUGAUGAUGAUGAUGAAGACUGGCACUGAGAGACAAAUGCCAAUUAGAAGAUGGACUGAUGGCGAAACGGAUGAUAGAGACAGAGAUGGAAUAAAAAAAAAUGUUCUGCCCCAGAGAGAGCAGAAUCAAGAACCGAAAAAAAAAAGUCUUCCUGUUAACCUUCACACUCCUUCACCUUUGUGUCUUUUAAUAUUCAAAGGAAGUUUAUUUUUUUGUAAAUGCACUUAAACUCUUUGCUUCUGCUUUUGCCAAUAUGCCUUUUAUACCCUUUAUUUAAUUGAAUAUGCAUCCAAAUAUUGUACGUUUUCAUCGCGUGGCCUUCAUAGUUAUGUGAUAUUUCACAAGAGAAUCAGGAAAUCAAUAAAAACAUACGAUCAAAGCAAUACUUCAACUGCGGCCCUUUUAAAGAAGUCUAGUUUAAGAGCUAUUAUUUCAACUCUUUCUCUUUGGAAAACACUGUGCCGGACUGUGCAGGCUUCCAUCAGAUUUAUAGGUUGGUUAUUCACUUGUUUUUUACACCUAAGGGACCUUUUUGAAUGGAAUUUGUACAAAAAAAAAGUAUAUAUGAGAUUGCCAUAUAUUUAUGAUACUGCAUUUUGCAAUGAUUUAGGUAAUAUAAAGAACUAAUCAUGUCAGCUGCAAUAUGUGAAUUGAAAAGUUUAUUAAAAUCCCUACUGUUCAGAGAA